AUGGACGAAAAUUUGACACCCUGCUGGCCUCCUGUUUGUAAACACGCGCGCAGCCCUUUGUCAAGCGCUCGCACCAGUGGUGAGGCCAAUCCAACCACACCCAUCUGUUCCGUCAAUACACAUGUCUGCACCCUCAAUUCAUGUUUUCCACUCAUUGAUGCUAUCAACCUUACCCCAUGCUUCCGCAAUGGAUAUGAGGUCAAGCUGCAAACACCCUCCUACAAGCCAUAUGCCCUGUCCUCUCGUGGGCAAAAGCAGCAGCAUGCUUUUGACUUUUCGGUUGAAGUCUCGAUAAACCCCCAUUCUCCGCUCACUCCUGAUGAGUGGAGUGCUCUUGCUACUGGUGCUGCCAUCAUUCCAGCAGACUGCCGCCCACGCGACUUCCAGAUUCAAUGCAGCAACAUCGUAAUCGGAUGCUCGAAGGAUGUCUGUGUCAUUGCACUGACCGGCCAGGGCAAGUCUUUGCCCUGGGUUCUCCCACUGCUUGUUCAGAAAUCGGGUGUUUCUCUUGUCAUCACGCCUUAUACGAGCUUAGGUUCGGAGGGCCGAGACAUGCAUUGUGCUCUCGGAAUCUGCUCAGUCUUCAUCAACGCGAACCAGAAGGUUGCUACCACACUGGCUGAUGCUGCACGUGGACUUUAUAGAGUUGUGUUCACAUGUGUGGAGAUGAUGGAGAGUCCCAUGAUGGCAAAAAUUUUACAUGCGGAUUCAUUUAAGGCUGUUUUGUCUGCCAUAUACAUUGACGAGUCUCAUCUUGUCCACGAGUCUGUCUCCUGGCGGCCUGCAUACUCUUGCCUCCAUUUACUUCGCAAGCUCAUUGGAGACCACAUUCCUAUCAUUGCAAUUUCAGCUACUUUACCCACCAGCUAUCUUAUCAUCAACAUGCACCAUGAUCAAUCAAGCUUUGACGAUAUUGCAUUCCUAUUACCAUAUGGUUCCCAUGUACCCACAAUACUACAGACUCUUGUGUACUGUGAUGAUAUCGACAUGUUAACGAAGAUGUUUUGGUGGUUUCAUACUUGCCUUCUUGUUUUGGAUCUUCCCCCCUCUCUCGCUGACAUUUUGCAUGCUGGCAUGUCAGACACUCACCAAGAUACUGCCCUCGUGGAUUUCCACUGA